UAAAAACAUAUACAGCAGACAUGCCCAGCAACGGAAUCGAGGUGCUUUUCUUUAUUCUAUUUCAUAAUCAACCUGAAGUCCGGUCCCCAUUUCUGUCGCACUCUCUGAUGCCAACACAGAGCGCCUCGCCCUCUCUCUCUCUCUCUCUCUUCGUACAAUCUCGAUAAUCUAUGCAUCUUUCUCUCCUCUCCAGCUCCCAGAGGUAGAGAGUGAGAGUGAGAGUAGGAGAGAGCCGUUGGGGGAUGAACGUUGGACUGGGUGGAGAGACGCAACUCAAAAGAGUAAAGCUCUGAUAACGAAAAGGAGGAGGGGGAGAAGGAGAAAGCACUGUGAUAGAGGAAUGGCAAGGGGGUUUAGGCUCAUUUUUGCCACUUCACUGCUUCUCACGCUUCUGGGUCUGUGCAGGGGAAGCACGAUUGGGGUUUGCUAUGGGAGAAAUGCAGAUGACCUCCCCACACCAGAUAAAGUAGCACAGCUGGUUCAGCUUCACAAGAUUAAAUAUUUGAGGAUUUAUGACUCUAAUAUUCAGGUUCUUAAGGCCUUUGCUAACACUGGGGUUGAACUCAUGAUUGGGAUUUCGAAUUCAGACUUACUCCCAUUUUCCCAGUUCCAGUCUAAUGCAGACACUUGGCUGAGGAAUAGUAUUCUUCCAUACUACCCAGCCACAAGGAUCACACACAUAACUGUCGGUGCUGAAGUCACAGAAAGCCCCAAUAAUGCCUCUUCUAUGGUGGUACCUGCCAUGAAAAAUGUCCUCACAGCUCUGCGAAAAGCUGGUCUGCAUAAGAAGAUCAAAGUUUCAAGUACCCAUUCCCUAGGGAUUUUGUCUCGGUCAUUCCCACCCUCUGCAGGGGCUUUUAAUAGCAGCCAUGCAUUCUUUCUCAAACCCAUGUUGGAAUUUCUUGCUGAGAAUCAGUCUCCUUUCAUGGUUGAUAUCUAUCCUUACUAUGCCUACAGAGAUUCCCCAAACAACGUGUCUCUAGACUAUGCUCUAUUUGAGUCAUCCUCAGAAGUUAUUGAUCCAAACACUGGUUUGCUUUACACUAACAUGUUUGAUGCUCAAAUUGAUGCUCUAUAUUUUGCAUUGAUGGCUCUUAAUUUCAGAACAAUUAAAAUUAUGGUCACUGAGACAGGCUGGCCUUCAAAAGGAUCUCCCAAGGAGACAGCUGCAACUCCUGAUAAUGCUCAGACUUAUAACACCAAUCUCAUCCGUCACGUCAUCAAUGACACCGGCACUCCUGCAAAGCCAGGAGAGGAUCUAGAUGUGUAUAUCUUCUCAUUGUUCAAUGAGAACAGAAAGUCUGGUUUAGAAUCUGAAAGGAACUGGGGGUUAUUUUAUCCAGAUCAAACAAGUGUUUAUAACUUGGAUAUGACCGGAAAGGGUGCUGUAACCAUGACUACAGAAACAAAUGUAACAAGCUCAAAUGGAACAUGGUGUAUUGCAUCGUCUACCGCUUCAGAAAUGGACUUGCAGAAUGCCUUAGAUUGGGCUUGUGGUCCUGGGAAUGUGGACUGCUCUGCUAUUCAGCCUAGCCAGCCUUGUUUUGAACCAGAUAAUGUAGUUUCCCAUGCAUCUUUUGCAUUCAACAGUUACUACCAGCAAAAUGGAGCUACUGAUAUUGCUUGCGGUUUUGGAGGGUCAGGAAUCAAAGUUAAUAAGAACCCAAGUUAUGAUAACUGCUUGUAUAUGACAACAGGGAGCAACAAAACUGCUGCAAGUAAUGCAACAACAGCCCUUGCUUCAACCACCACUUCCUCUGCAGCGAAUGCGUUGUUUGCUUGGACACUGAGUUGCCUGCUUAUGGCUCUGCUCUCAUUUCUCUAAAUCUUGGCAAAUGUCUAGGGAAGCUCGAUUUUGGAAGCAUGCUGAAUAGCCCACCAUGGAAAUGAGAGUGGUGGCCGCUUUUGAGAUGCUGGAACAGGUACAGGAAAGGAAAUUUUCUUAAACUGCAUGAGAUUGUAUCUGUAGAAGAGCAACCUGCCUUUAGUUUUGCAUGAUAUAAAGAGGUGCUAAGAAGAGGGUAAUCAUUUGAGAAGAUUAUUUGUAGGUGGUAGAUCUGUAUUUGGUACAUAUAAGGUAGUUCAGGCUUGUGCAAUUGCUUUGUAGUUGAAGAUUGUUGUGUAACUGAUUUAAAGCGGGUGGAAGUUGCAAUUAUGCUGUGUGACACACAAUUUUAAGCAAAAUUAAGUUGAAUGGAUGUAGUUUUUGUGCA